GGUUUCUACCGUUGGCGAUGUGAGGGGGCUUCUUCCAGCUCUCGGAGGCGGCGGGGACCUGAGGGGCGCUCAGACCAGAGCUGCUGGGGUGAGAGGCACAGAUAGGAGUCUGAUCGCAGAGCAGAGCUGAUGUUUCCAGGGUAGCACUGGGGCCGCCCCUGCUCCGCCAUUCGUGACUCGGCUGUUUAACUGCUGGCGCUUGGUGCUGCGUCUCCUGGUGCGGUGGACGAGUCCUGUUUUCAAGGGCAGAUGAUGUUUAACAGCUUUGAAGGAUCUAAAACGUGUGUGUCUGCAGACAGCAAUAAAGAUGAAGAAUUUGUAGAAGAGUUUAACAGAUUAAGAACCUUCACUGGUUUUCCAAGUGAUAGUCCUGUUUCAGCAGCAACACUGGCUCGAGCAGGGUUUCUAUAUGCUGGAGAAGGAGACACUGUACGAUGCUUUAGUUGUCGUGCAGCAGUGGACAGGUGCAUGUACGGAGACUCAGCAGUUGGAAGACACAGGGCAGUAUCCCCAAAUUGCAGAUUUAUCAAUGGCUUUUAUUUUGAAAACAGUGCCACACAACCUACAAAUCCUGGUGUCCAAAAUGGUGAAUACAGAAGUGCAGACGACCUGGGAAACAGAAAUCAUUUUGCUUUGGACGGACCAUCUGAGACUCCUGCAGACCCUCCUUUGAGAACUGGACAGAUUGUAGGUACCCCAGACACUGUAUACCCGAGGAACCCUGAGAUGUGUAGUGAAGAAGCUAGAUUAGAGUCCUUUCAGAACUGGCCAGAUUAUGUCCACUUAACUCCCAGAGAGUUAGCCAGUGCUGGGCUCUACUACACAGGUAUUGAUGAUCAAGUGCAGUGCUUUUGUUGUGGUGGAAAACUGAAAAACUGGGAACCUGGCAAUCGUGCCUGGUCAGAACACAGGCAGCACUUUCCUACUUGCUUCUUUGUUGUGGGCAGGGGUGUUAAUAAUCAAAGUGAAUUUAAUAUUGUGAGUUCUGAUAGGAAUUUCUCAGAUUCAACAAAUCCUCCAAGAAACCCAGCCAUGGCAGAUUAUGCUGCUCGGAUCAUUACUUUUGGAUCAUGGAGAUACUCAGUUAACAAGGAGAAGCUUGCAAGAGCUGGAUUGUACUGUUUAGGUGAAGGUGAUCAAGUAGAGUGCUUUCACUGUGGAGGGGGCUUAACUGACUGGGAGCCCAGUGAUGAUCCUUGGGAGCAACAUGCUAAGUGGUAUCCAGGGUGUGAAUAUGUAUUAGAAAAGAAAGGACAAGGGUACAUCAAUAAUAUUCAUCUGACCCAUUCACUUAAGGAGUCUCCAGCAAGGGCUGCUGGGAAAAUACCAUCACUAUCCGAAAGAAUUGUUGAUCCCAUCUUCCAAAGUCCUGUGGUACAAGAAACUCUGAGAAUGGGAUUCAGUUUCAGGGAGAUUAAGAAAAUGAUGGAGGAAAAAGUACAGAGGUGUGGGAGCAACUAUAAAUCACUUGAGGUUGCAGAUCUAGUGACUGCUCAGAAAAACAGUCCACACGAUGAAUCAAGUCAGGCUUCCUUGCAGAAAGAAGUUAGCACUGAAGAGCAGCUAAGGCGCCUGCAAGAGGAGCGGCUUUGCAAAAUCUGUAUGGACAGAAAUACUGCUGUUGUUUUUAUUCCUUGUGGACAUCUGGUCACUUGUAACACAUGUGCUGAAGCAGUUGACAAAUGUCCCAUGUGCUACACAGUCAUUACUUUCAAGCAAAAAAUUUUUACAUCUUAAUCUGACUUCACAGUAGGCCUGGUUGUGUUCCUGUUAUUUCCCUGAUUGAACGGGUGAUAUGAGCUGAAUUUAAGUAAUCAGCAUUGAAUUCCAUUAGCAUUUGCUCCAAAGUAGAGAAAAAAAGAUAAUGUUUUAUUCGGCCAUAUAAAAUUUGAAUUUCUGGCUUUUUCAGGUUAUUAGCUGUAUUUUUCUUCCUAUUUUUUUUUUACUGUUAUUUGAAACCUUAAAGAACAUCUAAUUAUAACUGAUCACAAUGUGCAUUGGUAGUAUGGUGACUAAGUGUACGUGAAUUAAUCGUCUGAGUUUCUCAUUCUUUUCAGAUAGGCAUAACAAAUGGAACAUUCUCUAGAAACAUGGAAAUAAAUCUCAAUCACAUAAUUUGUUUUAUUUUUCACACUGGUGGAAAGACAAAAGAUUAUUUUUAGAUGCUUGUCUUUUGCCGGCGCUGUGGCUCACUAGGCUAAUCCUCCACCUUGCGGCGCCGGCACACCGGGUUCUAGUCCCGGUCGGGGUGCCGGGUUCUGUCCCGGUUGCCCCUCUUCCAGGCCAGCUCUCUGCUGUGGCCAAGGAGUGCAGUGGAGGAUGGCCCAAGUGCUUGGGCCCUGCACCCCAUGGGAAACCAGGAGAAGCACCUGGCUCCUGGCUUUGGAUCAGCACGGUGUGCCGGCUGCAGCACGCCAGCCACGGCGGCCGUUGGAGGGUGAACCAACAGCAAAGGAAGACCUUUCUCUCUCUCUUUCUCUCUCACUGUCCACUCUGCCUGUAAAACAAAACAAAACAAAACAAAACAAAAAAAACACCCAAAAAACAAAAAAACAAAACAAAACAAAAAAACCCAAAACCAGAUGCUUGUCUUUUUGUUCCAAGAAUCUGCCCAUUUUCUUUUAAAAUUAUAAAUCCAUAGUUGUGUGAUUGAUUUCAAAAGAGCAAUUUUGUUGUCUUAAAGAGGGUAUUCAAUGAUAUAACACUGUCUAGUCAACAUGUAAUGACUUACCUGGAAAGAUGUCAAAGAUACUUUUAGUGUCAAAGUAAGUUUGUUAAGUAGCAAAACACUGCAUAUUAUGGGUCGACUCAAGAUGUGCAUGUGUUUUAUGUAUGUGUAGAAUAAAUGUUUUGGAAAUAAAACUGUUAAAUGUGGUUUCGUUUGGGGG